AAAUUUGUCAUUAAAAAUACACACGAAUUGCCAAUCGUCCUUCAGACUUCAGAGCGGAGCCAGAUGAGGAAAGCUGUCCUCCAUUUUUGAAAUCAUCUUCUUCUCUCUUGAUUUUUCGAGAAAAUUAAAAUAGAGGCGCUCGCAAUUUUCGAUAACUGGAUUGAAAGAAUCAUAGAGGAUGGCUUGUAGAGGGUGCUUGGAGUGCCUUUUGAAGCUCCUGAACUUUUUGUUGACCCUUGUGGGUUUAGCCAUGGUUGGUUAUGGGAUCUACUUGUUUGUUGAGUUCAAGAGAGCCAGUGAUGAUGCUGGUGGAGUUUCGCCUGUGAGCUAUGAUCAGGAUUUAGUGCAGAUUGGUCGGCCCAUGCUUAUGGCUGUGUCCUUGUCAGCUAAUAUUUUUGACAACUUGCCUAAAGCCUGGUUCAUAUACUUAUUUAUUGGUGUCGGAGCAGUUCUCUUUGUCAUUUCUUGUUUUGGGUGUAUUGGAGCUGUAUCACGAAAUGGAUGCUGCUUGACAUGUUAUUCGGUAUUGGUCAUAUUACUAAUAUUGGUGGAGCUUGGAUGUGCAGCUUUUAUUUUCUUUGACAAGAGCUGGAAAGAAGAUCUUCCAACGGACAAAACUGGAUAUUUUGACAUGAUAUAUGAUUUCCUGAGAAAAAACUGGAAAAUUGUGAAGUGGGUCGCUCUUGGGGUUGUAAUUUUGGAGGCUUUGAUUUUCUUGUUAGCGCUUAUGGUAAGGGCAGCAAAUAGGCCAGCAGAGUACGACAGUGACGAUGAACUCAUUGCCCCGAGACAACAAAUCCGGCAACCCUUGAUCAACAGGUCAGCAGCGCCUGCAACUGGUGUACCUGUUGCUGGAACUGUUGACCAGCGUCCGAGCAGAAAUGAUGCUUGGAGUGCACGGAUGAGGGAAAAGUAUGGGCUUGAUACUUCAGAGUUCACAUACAACCCAUCAGAGUCACACAGGUUCCAGCAAGUGGCAACACAGCCAGCAGAGGAAAGGAGCCGUUGCACCAUCAUGUGACAAGAAGCAGUGUUUUGCUGAACCAUGUGUGGACAGAUUGCCUGCACAAUAGUGUGAUAGCUUCUAGUAUAUUCUCAGAAGACGAUGGUUUUGCAUCAUGUUGAGCUUGUGUACAAAACACAUUUUUCAGGAUCUUUACUUGUUUCUCACCAUACCUCCUCCUUAUAAGAACAAACCUUCCAAGCAAUUCCAUUUUGUGUGAAAUCCUGCUGUAAUAUUAGGCGGCUCUGGUGGAUUUUCUAGUGAGCUUAAGCAUACAUUUUUUGGCAAGUUUGUGCAGAUGUCCUGAUGUGUUGUCAUGGCAAACUGUGUUGCUCCUGUUAGGUU